AUGGCGCGUGCCGCAUCUCUGGCGUUGGUGCUGUUGCUGCGCAUGGCUGGCGCAGAGCCCACGCGGGCAGCAUCUGAGAUGUGGUGGGCGCUGCCGCCACCUAAGGUGACCGAGCGUCACCGCGUCUUCUGUUUGUCACACCUGGACGUGGCAGCGCAGAUGGCACAAGCCGCUCUCUGGCGUGAGGACUCAUGGGCGUUCUUGUUGCCGGCGUUUCCGGCAUUGCUGAUGGCCUGGCUCGGGCUUCCGACGAUUACUCUUUCCGGCGGCUUGGACGGUUUUGACUCGACGGACUUUGGAUGGCUUUGCAGGCAGCUCGGCUAUGCAAGCAGACACGAUGCCGCAGGCAUUUCUCAACCCUUGGUGCGGGCAGCGCUGGCGACCGACGAAUGUCCACCCGCAGACCUGUUUGACGCACCCUUGGCGUGGGAUGCUUUCGCGACCGACGAAGAGCGGUCCCUGGCUCUUUCUGAGGAGGAGGACGCACUGAUGGCUGAAGAGGUGCAGCCAGCCGCAGACAGCAGCAUCGCCCGCGGCGUUCUUUGGGAGACGUUCUUUGAGACAGUGAUGCUGAAGCCUUUGAUUUGUUUACGAUUGAGGGUAAAGAAAUCGCAAAGCGGGCAGAACAAGUUAAGUUUGGACUAUGGGCGCCCACCGAAGCGGGGGAAGCGCCUGAAGCGGUCCUGA